UCAUACAGCCACUGCAGGCUGGCCCUGUGCUUUGAUUUUCUCAUUAAGUAGGAGGCACUCCUCGCUAGAUAGGUAGCUGGCUUGAUCAUCAUCGGCAUGGAUUCCACUCUGUUUAUCAUCGGCAUCAUAGGAAACAUCAUCUCGGUCCUGGUCUUCGUUUCUCCCAUCCCGACGUUCUGGAGGAUCGUGAGGAGCAAGUCGACGGAGGAUUUCGAGUCGGCACCGUACGUGCUCACGCUGCUCAACUCGCUGCUAUGGCUCUACUACGGCCUCACCAAGCCGGACGGCCUCCUCGUCGCCACCGUCAACGGCUUUGGGGCUGUCAUGGAGACCAUCUACGUCCUGCUCUUCCUAGUUUACGCCGCCGAUCCUACCACAAGGGUUAAAACUGUGAAGUUGGUGGCAACUUUGGACAUUGGGUUUUUCGGAUUUGUGUUCGCAACCACAACAUUUGCAAUUGCGGGGCUUGACAUGAAAAUCAUGAUUAUAGGAUUGAUAUGUGCCUGCCUCAACGUGUUCAUGUACGGAUCCCCACUGGCUGCCGUGAGAACGGUGAUUGCAUCGAAAAGCGUGGAGUACAUGCCGUUCUUUCUGUCCUUCUUCCUCUUCCUCAACGGAGGCGUCUGGGCUACCUACGCUCUACUUGACCGAGACGUCUUCCUUGGGAUCCCAAAUGGAAUAGGCUUCUUCUUGGGUGGCAUCCAACUAGUUAUAUAUGCAGUCUACAAGAACUAUAGGGUCAAAUCUCAAACCAGUGAUGAAGCAGGAGAUGAUGGAUGGCAGGCUACUUCUUUUUUGUCCUCCGAUGCAAGGGUUUAGGUUGAGAACAAUGUUUUGGGCGGUGUUUAGCAUAAGUCCAUGGCGAGUAAAUGUUCAAUUUUUCUUUCGUGCGAGCACGUACAAAAAAUUGGAGUCAGCGAGCUCUAUAAGAAUUUAAAAAUUAUAUUUAUUUUUAGUUGGAGGAAAGUGAAAAUGAGAGAGAAUGUAAAAAUGGGUUCUAAUGCAAGAGUCAAUACUAGCACGUGCUCAUAAGGACUUUCUGAAAGUGUAGGGGGGUCAUAUAUUGAUAAAGUACUCACUAUGUCCCAUGAAA